GCGGUUAAUACAGAACGAAUGACUGUGGUGUUCACCGGUGCAGUUUUGUGUUUUUAUUAGGUUCAGAAUAAAACAAAAUUGAGAAAUAUUUAUAUUAUUGUGCCUAUACACGUUAAUUCCAUAUGAAACUCUUAUUUAAUUGGUUUUGAAGGGAUAAAAAAUCAAAACAUGCAGUAAGGCGGACGGAUCUAUUAUUAAGCAAGAGGGAGGUCAGUCUGUUAACUUGGUAAAGUAAAUAAACGUUUAGAGGCCUUUCUGUAUAAUAGUCCUGCCUAUAAAUUACUAAAAAAAAUUAAAUAAAAGUCUUGUAAAGGCUAAAAAUUUUGAUUUUAAGGCAAAACUUUUUUUUUUAAACCUCCUUACUUCCCCGUUUACUAAAUGAGGCCGUCCAGCCCGCCAAACAUGGUGGACUACGAAAAUCCCAUUUGGCCGAAUUUAGUUUAACUUUUAAUUUUGUUUACAUUUCCUUGUUUUAUACAAGAAACAAUCUACAAGUAAAUUUAUUAUUCAUACUUUUACACUAAUAUCGAAUAUUAAUUUUUUUGUGAUAGAAAGCAAAUAAUUUUUGAAAAAAGGUUCCAUAAAUGGAUGACAUGUUGCCAAAUUGUCACGAAGAGCGGCUGACCCAACACAACUGUCACUUAUCACAAUAAUUUCCCUGGAGGUUUGAUAGGUUAUGCAUGUCUGUGUAUUUGUGUUUACAAAAUAAAGAAGAACAAAAAAAUCUCAUUGUCCAAGGAUAUUUUCAAGUUAUUUGUAUUAAGUUAACGAUGAGUAGUAAUAUGUGGAAUCAAAAUAAUCCAGCAGGGGGUUUUAUAUACUUCAACAAGCCAGCAUCAAAUGAGACAUCCAACACUCCAAAUACCACUUUGGACACCAGUGAAUAUUUAAGUUUUGAUAGUUUUUCUUCAGCUAAUGGAUCUUAUCAAAAUAGCAGUUUUUCUCCUUCAAAUUAUAGCAGCCCCAGAAACUUUGUCCGACAUAGUCCUAUGGGACGAAGUCCUAGAAACUAUUAUUCACCAAUUAAACAGGCCCCAGGUGGUAAGAACUGGAGGAGAAAUUUGGGAUUAACUGCCAAUGCAACAGAACCUAACCAUCCAAACAACAACUAUAACCAGCAACAAAACCACCAUCAGAAUAGAAACUAUUCACAUCAUCACAAGAGGAGUUUUGGCCAAAAUGCUUCAGGAAGUGAUUUAAACUCAUCAAAAUAUUUUGAUGCUACUUGCCUAACAAAUCCCUGGUUGGAACUGGAGCAGAAAUUAUUUAAAGAACAGGAGCAGGAUUUGGUCAGGCAGGACUUACAAGUUCCAGAUGCAGAAAGUCAAGAAGAAUGUGAAGAAAGUGGUUCACAAAGUUGUGGUAGUAGUAGUAGUAGUGGGUCAGAUGAUGAUGGAUCAGAAGAAGGUGUGAGUUCAUUUUCUUAACUGAAUUCGAAACACAUAUUUUUUAUUGAAUGUCAUGCGAAUACAUGUUACUUUUUACAUAAAUAAUACACUUAUUUGGCAAGUACAGUUUAUUAAUAAUUACAUAAUUUUUUAUUGCAUUAUAUAAAUUGACUACUAUUUGGUUUGCAAACAGUUUGUAAAGUCAUAAAAUCUACAAAAUUAAGUUGUAAAAGUUAAAAUUGGUUUUGAAUAGAUAGGCAACCCAAACAAUUUGAAUAUUAUAAACCAUAAAGCUGGUAUUCCCCAUUCAAAUUCUCAGGUAGGUACAAAGUAAGAUCCUAAGGUAUUGGGUUACCCUUAAAAUUUGUUAAGGCAGGUAGAAAAAAAGCAAACUUGUGAGUAAGAUUGCUGUACAUGUUCUUGUAUAUAGUGAGGAAUGAAAUAAACAUUUAAAUAGGCAAUUGGUUUAACCCUCUACAAACAAUCAAAUAAAGAUCUCAGUCAAAUGUCACAAUAUAUGUGAGAUUUUAUUGUAAAAUAAAGCAAUAUUUAUGUUUUAAUAUUGAGAAAUAAAUAACUUUAAAUAAA